AUGAGGAGGAGGUUUGACGCAAGUAAUGAGCACGCCAAGGAGUUGAGAGGUGAUUUGGCUAACAUUGGGCAAAAAAUGGAUGCACAUGCAGUCUCAAUCAAGCAUCUUGAUAUGCAAAUGGCCCAAUUGUCGUCUACAGUGAACCCUCGUCAACCGGUUAAUUUUCCUAGCUAUACCGUCCAAAAUCCAAAAAAUGAUGGACAUUGUAUGGCAGUCACGACUCGAGUGGAUAAGCAAACCAUUGAUCCACCUACGCCAUCUGAUAUUGAAGAUGAGGUGAGAAGAGAAGAUGCGGUAAUAGAAGCUAGUGGUGAGUUGGUAAAUAAAGCCGUAAAAGAAUUAGAGAUGCCCCAAAAGGUGACCCCCGUUCCUAGACCACCACCACCAUUUCCACAAAGAUUGAUGAAGAAGACCGAGGAUGGCAAAUACCAGCAUUUUAUUACUAUAUUGAAACAACUUUCCAUCAAUGUACCUUUGAUAGAAGAUCUUGAACAAAUGCUCGGUUAUGCCAAGUUUAUGAAAGAUAUGGUCACUAAGAAGACGUCAAAAGAAGAUAUGGGUGCUUUAACUAUUCCAUGUACAAUCGGGUUAUUACACUUUGCUAAAGUAUUAUGUAAUAUUGGGAAAAGCAUAAAUCUCAUACCUCUCUCCAUUUACAAGAAGUUAGGUUUGGCUGACCCAAAUCCCACUGUGAUGCGGUUACUGAAGGCCGAUCGAACAAUGAAGAGGCCUAUUGGGAUACUCCACGAUGUGUUAGUGAAGGUGGAGUCAUUCAUAUUUCCGGCUGAUUUUGUCAUUCUUGACUGUGAGCUGGAUUUUGAGGUGCCUAUUAUUCUUAAGAGGUCCAUGAAGCAGAGUGGUGAACUCCAAAUGGUAUCUACUAUAUCAUACAGGGUUGAGAGUACGUCUAAGGUUCAAAUUGAAGAGCGUCUUAGUGUUGAGGCACUAGCGGCAGUGAUUAUGAACUUUAAGAGUGAUGGUAUUGAUGAUUAUAGGUCAUUGGUUGAGGCACUUGAUCGAGGUGAUAUUUGA